AUGGCCUCACUCCUGGACAGAGCGCUUGACCUGAUGUCGAUGGAUGCGGUGGAUGCCGUACGCGCCGGGUUCCUCCUUGCAGCUGCCACUGUCUACGCCGUGAGCGUCCCCUCGGCCCUGCGAUCACGAUUCCUCGUCUACGGCCCACGCGCCACCCCGACCACUUCGCCGGAGAGCUCUGGUCUGCUUGAUCGCCUGACAAAAUGGCGCGUACCUCAUCAUUAUUUCCGACAAUUUUAUAUCGCCUCCCUGCUCUCGUCGGCAUUUUGGGCUUUCCAAUUGGUUACCCGAGGAUUUGCUUUCCAGGCCAUUGCGGCGCGGGUGAAUGAUGAGCACAAACAACAAUCCAUGUCCUUGCACCAGGUCCUGACCUGCUGGAUCCUCCUAACAAUGCAGGGCCUGAGAAGACUGUGGGAAUGUAACAUAUUCGCCAAGCCGUCCUCAUCACAGAUGCUGGUGCCGCACUGGCUCUUGGGGCUUGGUUUCUAUCUAGCCGCAGGAGUUGCAAUCUGGAUCGAAGGAGCAGGAUCACUCCUCUCGCACACCUUGACUAUCGACGACCUGAAGAUGACGAAUGCGCCAUCCAUGCGAACCUUUGCGUGUGUUCCGCUGUUCCUCGUCGCUUCGGGUUUGCAGCAUGACUGUCAUCAUUUCCUCUUUACGCUGAAACGGUACACUCUGCCAGACCAUGCGCUCUUCCGGGGAAUUGUGUGCCCUCAUUAUGGGGCGGAGUGUAUCAUAUACCUUACUCUAGCACUGGUUGCUGCACCACCAGGCCAGAUGGUUAAUAAGACCUUGUUGAGUUGCGCGGCAUUCGUUGCCGUGAACCUGGGCCUGACCGCACGAACGACGAAGGAGUGGUACAUGAAUAAAUUCGAUCGGGAGCAAGUGAAGUCUCGUUGGCUCAUGAUACCAUAUGUUUACUAG